AUGGAUUCUCCUCAAUAUCAGAAAUGUUAUAUCGAGCCGGCAUCGUGCGAUAAAAAUACUUUAACUAACACACAGAAAGAUACAGUAAAUAACCAAUUCAAAAAUGUUAAUUGUGAAAAUCAAAAGCUUGCAAUUAAGAACGGGCAAUUUUACAAAUGUUGUACUUUAUCACCCGUUGCACAAACUCCUUUGAUUCAUAUCGAUUGUUGUGAAAAAGCUAGACCUUGCAAAGGCAAUUUUUUUUCAACAGUUAACGCCGACUGUGACGAUUUCGAAUUGACAUCAUACGGAAAAGAAUUUGUUUUGAGAACCGGAAGAUUAACUCAAAAUUGUUUAUGUGUAAAACUCAAUGGCCUACAAGAUUCGUGCAAACAUCCUGGUUGCUGCACUAAAAUAGGCUGCAUUGAUAUUCCAUUUCCAAAUUGUCCACCUUCACGUUUAUGGAAAAAUGAAUAUAUCUGCAGAAAUAAGAAGAAACCACAACCUUGUUCAGAUGUAUAAAUUAAAUUAACUAUAGAAAAUACUUGUUAUAUUAUUAUGUUAAAAUACCAAUAACCAUGGCCGUCCUUAGAAUUUGCAAUGCCCAGAGCAGAAAUAAUUGUAACACUGUUUAGUUAUUA